GGGUAAUUGGCUCGUCAUAUAGCCUUCCAACUUCCAAGUUCCAUAACUCAGGCUAAAGGUUCCAUCAUGGAUGUACCUAUGUGUAUGGUACAAUCGGUCCAUCGCUAUAUCCGGAGUCUUUUGAUCAUGACGACGUCACUACAUACCCUGCAAAAAUGGCCACUUCGUGUAACAUUUGAAAACAGAACGGUUGAUUGAAAAGGACACUCAUUCCCUCUUCCUACUGUCAACCACACGGUGUGAAGAUUGCAUUUCACCCCGCCUUGGUUUUCUGUAUACUUGAAUGGACCUUUUCCUCAGGAAUAUCAGCAUCCACGCUUAAAAUGACGACUCUUCACUAUUUACCUCCCGUGAAGCCAUCUGCAAUUGCAAUGGGCACUAUCUUCACCCAUACGGCUUCUUUGGGUAUCCUCGCACCCGUCUUCGGGGAUACCUACCAUCGUGCACAGGCUGCCAACUCGAAAGAAGAAUUCAUCAAGUCCAAAGAGGCUGCUGGAGCAGCCGCCGCCUGGGGUAGUUCCUUGGUUGGGAGCGCCGUGCAGACUUAUGGAAUUGCAGCGUUGGUUAAUGCGACAGGAACAUUGAGCUACAAAGGUGCCGCUUAUUUGGGAAGCCUUGUUUUCAUGGCCAGUGCAGCCCCAGGGUUCAUCAGUCAGGUUUUCGCAGAGAAAAGACCCCUUGACACGGUUGCUGUGGGUACGGUCACUAGAGUGUUUGAAACCGUUGGAUUGAGUCUAUUCCUCACUUGGUGGGGCACACGUACGAAUCCCUUUGACUAG